GCAGAGAAGGAGAGAGCUUGGGAGCUGAGGAGCAGAGGCGGGCGCCGCACCGCCCUGCGCCCCGCACGCUCGCUGGCUCCGGAGACUCGCGGGCGGCCGCUUGGGCGCAGCAGCCGGGUCACCUUGUCCCGGAGGAGAAAUGGGUCCCAUGAGGCAAGUGUGACCUGUGAGUCCAGCUCACCAGCCUGACGCCCAGCUGGGGAGGAAGAGGACCAUGGAUGGCAUCAUCGAGCAGAAGAGUGUGCUGGUGCACAGUAAGAUCAGUGAUGCUGGUAAGAGGAAUGGAUUGAUUAAUACCAGAAACUUCAUGGCUGAGAGUAGAGAUGGCCUGGUGUCUGUUUACCCAGCGCCCCAGUACCAGAGCCGCAGGGUGGUGGCCAGCACAGCACCAGCCAGCCUGGACAGCAGCAGAAAUGAGCCUGUGCAGCAGCUGCUGGAUCCCAACACCCUGCAGCAGUCGGUGGAGUCCCAUUACCGUCCCAAUAUCAUCCUCUACUCGGAAGGAGUGCUGCGCUCCUGGGGGGAUGGCGUGGCUGCCGACUGCUGUGAGACCACCUUCAUUGAGGACCGGUCGCCCACCAAAGACAGCCUGGAGUACCCAGAUGGGAAGUUCAUUGACCUCUCAGCUGAUGACAUCAAAAUCCACACCUUGUCCUAUGAUGUGGAGGAGGAAGAAGAAUUACAGGAGCUGGAGAGUGACUACUCAAGUGACACAGAGAGUGAGGACAACUUCCUCAUGAUGCCCCCACGUGACCAUCUGGGGCUCAGCGUCUUCUCCAUGCUCUGCUGCUUCUGGCCUUUGGGCAUUGCCGCCUUCUACUUGUCCCAUGAGGACAGUAGAAGCCAGAGACGGAAGCUGGACACCCUCUGACCGGGAGGACUCAGGUCUGGAACCAGCACUAACAGGACAUGUGCUGAGCCUGCCUGCAGCAUCUUCUGUUCUCAGCAUUUAUUAUGUCUUGAUUUAAUUUCAUUUCAUAAAAUGUUUCUUUCUUUUACUAACUGCAACAUUAUAACAAUAAUUAAAUGAGAAAGGGUAUUCAGAACCAGAUUAUGAAUUUUAUGAAUAGCACCAGCAAAGGGAAUUGGGUAAAUGAGGGGGGAAAAGGAAUCUCUUUAUGGUACUGAAAUCUAGAUGAACUAGAGUUCAGUGGAACUGUAACCAUGUUCUUUGAAAUCCCUUCAUGCAACCCGUAUUUACUGAACACUUAUGAUGUGUCAGACCUUGCUCUGAGUGUCUGGGAUACAGCAGUAGGCAAAACAGGCACAACACCCCUUUACGAAACUCACAUUCUAGUGAAGUCAGAUAGCAAUAAAUAAAAGCACAAUGAGAGCAUGAUAUUUCAUGAUAAAGCCAUAGGCUCCAUCCAUAAGGACCACCUGAGAAAAAGUCUUCCUGGCAGAGAGACAGUCAGUGCAAAGGCCCUGAGGUGUGAGCACACUUGCUGCAUAUGAGGGAUUACAUGGAAGCAGGCUUGGCUGAAGCAGGGUGACCAUUGGGUAUAGAAAUAAGAAAUGAGGAGAGAGAGAGAGAACAUUGUAGAGUGAGGUGGAGCUAGACCUCAGGACCCUUGAUCUGUGUCAAAGAGCUGUGCUUUCUCUUUGGGAUAAGAAGCCACUGAAAUGUUUGGGUAGAAGUGAAACAUCAUCUGGCUACACUCUCUCAGGGUAGCUGGUGAAGGUUCAGGGCAGCAGCAAAGACCUCAUGCUGGAGACAUUGCCAUAAUCCAGGAAGAGGUCUGGACCAUGGUCAUUAUCAGGAAUUUAUUGUCUUGAAAUAAUUGCCUCUGGGUUUGAGCUGUGGUGUGAGAAAGGUAGAGGGGGAAGGAUCCAUGAGAAGGUGGGGUUUUCAGCAGCAAGAAGUGAGUAGGAGCUCAGCUCAGACUUUAUCAAGACUAUGUGCCUAUUGGCAUUGAGUGGCAGUGUGGAGUAGUGGCUGGUUGUGUUUGAUCAUUUAGGGUUCAAGGGAGGCAAGAAGCAGGUUGGAUGUGCAUGUUUGAAGUUCAGGGGGAAAGUCUGAGCUGAGUAUAUGAAUGUAAGAAGAGCUGAGCACUACCAGAAGCGGCAGUGAGGAAGAUGGUAGGAGCAUUAGGGACCCACUGGCAUGGAAGAAGGGACAACCCUAUGGAGUGGGCUCCAGAGAGAGCUGAGAACAGCAGGCAUCAUGGUGGGUAGGGCAAUGGGUGUGACCUAUGGAUGCUGGGGACAUCUCAAUUCUUGAUCCAGGUGCUGGCUGCACACUUGUGGAAACAUGUGGAGCUUUACACCUAUGGGUUGUGCACUUUUCUGUAAGUGUGCUUAUAUAUUUUGAUUAGAAAGCUUUAAAAACAUGGAAAGAAAGCAGUCGAGUUUGGCACACUUUUUUCUUUUGAAAAGUUUUGCUGUAAAUAGAGAGAUCAUGUCAAGAGCUGGGUUUUUAAGUGGAAGAAAUUAUAGCACAGUUGUAGGGGAUGAAAAUGACCCAAGAGAGAGGGGAAUAUUGAUGCUGUGGGACAGGGUUUGGUGGGAAAGGAUUCCUGGAGAGAUGUUAUGGAGCAGGGGAGCAGGAAUAAGCAAUGGACAUCUUCUCUGUAGCUCCUCAGUUCAUCCCAAGCCACAGGAGAGGAAGGAGCUGUGGGGUAGAUGUGCCUGGGAAUAGAGGAAUGGGAAAGCCCUCCUCCAGAGUUCUGGCUCCUGAGCAAGAAGGAUGCUUGGGUGAGGGAGAAGGAGGAGCUGGGCCAGGAAUGGGCCCAGGGAGUGUGCAGAAGGAUUGAGAGGAAUAGAGCUGGGGGCACGUGGUGGAAGCCAAGGUGCUCUGGCAGCAAGGCUGGUGCUGUCUGCAGGUUCCACACUUCUUCCAGCUUCAUCCUUAGGAGCAGCUACAACUGCAGCUGCCAUUAGGCAGAGGGGGAUUCACCAGGGUCCUCAAAAACCGCAGAGCAAGAGAGGCAAGUACUGCCUGGAGUAGCAAAGGAGUGGUUUAAGGAAUCUCCUCCGAGUCCGAGGGAAUUAGGAAGGGAAGAGAUAAUGUGAGAGCAGCUGGGGAGAGGGCAGUGAAGAGCUCCCAUGUGGUAUGACUCCCUUCUCCUUCUUUUCUAAAUUGAGAAUAAUUGUAUUUUUUUUUACUUUUGAUUGGUGCACCACAAUUAUACAUAAUAUUGGAAUUCAUUAUGCCGUAUUUGUACAUGUACCUAAUUUGAUCAGGCUCAUUCUCCAGCACCUUCUUUUACCCUCUGCAUCCCUCCCCCUGGUCCACUUGCUCUGCUCUACUAAUUGCGCUUCUAUUAUUAUUGUUUCUGUUAGUGCAUGUGAUUAUAUGUAAGUGAGAUUCAUUGUGGUGUAUUCGUAUAUGGAUGUAGAAUAAUUUGGUGGGUUCCUUUCCCCGUUUUUCCCCCAUGCUCUCUAUUCUUCCUUCUCUCUCAAUUUCCUUCCUCUAGUCUCUUGGUCUUAUUUCUAUUUUUAUGGGAUCCCUUUUUUUAUCCCUUCUCUGACUUCCAGCUUCCACAUAUGAGAGAAAAUACUCAACCCUUGGCUUUCAGGGUCUCAUUCACUUCUCAAAAUAGCAGAUCAGAUCAGGAUACAGGCAAGAGAAGUCAAGCACCAGGGCUCAGGAUUCUGGCCCCCAUCUGCAUUGCCCACCUCUGGAUUAGGUUCAGUGAUUACUGUAUGGAAUCAGUGUGACUGAUUCCACCAAAUCAUGCCCAACUAAUAGAAAAAAAAAAUCAUGGAUCUUGCUUUAGACAUUACAAAUCCCCCAAGGCAAAGAACUAUAUAAGUUGAAAAAUCUUUUCCUCAUGUUCCCAGUGAAAUAACAGCCCCUGAUUGUAGCUCCCAGGGAUGUAUGUGUCCUUCUCCAUCUGACUCCAUCAGAAAUGGAUAAUAUUAAAUUAUGGGGAGAGAACCAAGCAAUCCUGGAUAAUGAUAUGUACUAAAGGCACUUAUUAUUUCUCUCAAAUUUGAUGUUGUCCAGCAGUGUAGAAAUAUAAGCCAAGCACAUGUUUGCCCUCCUCUCUCUAAAUAAGAGGCUCACAAAUUCUGCAAAGGUGGAGGAAAACAAUUAUGGGAUUUGGGUGUGAAAACCUGUCAUUCAGGUAUACCUUAGUAGAACACAUGAGCUAUGCUAUCUUAUUCCAAAGGGAGUUAAGAAUUUAUUUGCCUUCUCUAACUUUAUCCUGGAUAUUAAGGCUAAUUCUUUAUGGCUGGCUUGUAGGAUUCUUAUCAGCGUUUUCAGCCCAUUUCCAGAAAACAAUCCAAACUCUCCUGCACCUGCCUUCAAGAUGUCACUCAGAGACAUGGUUCCUUGCAAGAGCACCAAAUGAUGUACCUUAUUUGGAUUUAAAUUUCAUCCUGACAUUCUUAAGCUGCCAUGCAAUUGGUGAACUAUUCACAGAGCCAUGGGCAUUUGGAUGAUUUGCCUCAUCUUCCAGUUUUUUUUUUUUUGUUUGUUUGUUUGGGGGUGGUGUUUUUUUUUUUUUGUAUGAAAAGAACAAACUGAUUUGCUCUUGAAAAAAUAUGUGAGGUCGGUAAGAUAAUUUGAAAAUAGGGCACAGGAAAUCAUUAGAGAUUUCUGUUCAUUGUUCAGACUUUGGAUCCCCUGCAGGUGAAAUAGUUCAGAUAUUUGAUGUUUAUUUAUACAUUUUUGGGGGGUCAAAGCUCCUUUGAAAGAUGAUUGAAAAUAAAGCCUCCCACUGUUUUUCUUACACCCCUGA